CCGGGUGUCAUUCUCAGUAUCUGUCCCUAUUCUGUAUGUAUGGACUCUGCACAGUCCCACUUCUCCUGUCCCGGAUGCCGGGUGUCAUUCUCGGUAUCUGUCCCCAUUCUGUAUGUAUGGACUCUGCACAGUUCCCACUUCUCCUGUCCUGGAUGGCCGGGUGUCAUUCUCGGUAUCUGUCCCUAUUCUGUAUGUAUGGACUCUACACAGUCCCAUUUCUCCUGUCCUGGAUGCCCGGGUGUCAUUCUCGGUAUCUCCUCUUAUUCUGUAUGUAUGGACUCUGCACAGUCCCACUCCUCCUGUCCCCGGAUGCCGGGUGUCAUUCUCAGUCUUUGUAUGGUGAUCUCCCUGGA